AUGGGACACUGCUCCGGCGGUGCCGAUGCCCCUUGGAAUAUUGGAGCUGCUUAUCUGGCCAAGGUCAUGAAAAAUAUCCCUGCCGGUGUCCCCGGCUAUAAUGACCGCUAUCAUGACGCUAUAUUAGCCUUAUUAGCGUGGACUGAAAACGGUACUGCCCCGGACUAUCUGGUUGGUACAAAAUUUGAAGACGAUGACAGGUCUAGAGCGGUCGUGCGCCAGCGCCCCAUCUGCCCCUACCCCCAGAGGGCCUCAUACGUGAGUGGAGAUGUGAACGUGGCCAGCAGCUGGACCUGCACUUCAAAGAACUAA